GGGGCGGGGGGCCUGGGGUCUGGCUGAGCCUGAGCACCGCCAUGAAGGACUCCCUGGUGCUGCUGGCCCGCGUGCCGGCCCACCCAGAUUCCCGCUGCUGGUUCCUGGCCUGGAACCCUACAGGGACCCUGCUAGCCUCGUGCGGCGGCGACCGCAGCAUUCGCAUCUGGGGCAAGGAGGGUGAUGGCUGGGUGUGUAAGUCUGUUCUGGCCGAGGGUCACCAGCGCACUGUGAGGAAGGUGGCCUGGUCCCCUUGUGGGAACUACCUGGCAUCUGCCAGUUUUGAUGCCACCACCUGCAUCUGGAAGAAGAAUCAGGAUGACUUCGAGUGUGUAACCACCCUUGAAGGACAUGAAAAUGAAGUAAAGUCAGUAGCUUGGGCGCCAUCUGGUAGCCUUUUGGCCACUUGCAGCCGGGACAAGAGUGUCUGGGUCUGGGAAGUUGAUGAAGAGGAUGAAUAUGAAUGUGUCAGUGUUUUGAAUUCACAUACACAGGAUGUUAAACAUGUGAUAUGGCACCCUAACCAAGAGCUGUUGGCAUCAGCCAGCUAUGAUGACACAGUAAAGCUUUACCGAGAGGAAGAGGAUGACUGGGUAUGCUACGCCACCCUGGAGGGCCAUGAGUCCACAGUGUGGAGCUUGUCCUUUGACCCCAGUGGCCAGCGCCUGGCAUCUUGCAGUGAUGACCGCACUGUGCGCAUCUGGCGCCAGUACCUGCCAGGCAAUGAGCAAGGAGUAGUCUGCAACGGCUCUGACCCUACCUGGAAGUGUAUCUGCACCUUAUCUGGCUUCCAUUCUAGAACUGUCUAUGAUGUCUCAUGGUGUCACCUGACAGGGGCCCUGGCCACAGCUUGUGGUGAUGAUGCCAUCCGGGUCUUUGAAGAAGACCCCAGCUCAGAUCCUCAGCAGCCAUCCUUUUCCCUAACAGCUCAUCUGCCCCAGGCACACUCCCAGGAUGUGAACUGUGUGGCUUGGAACCCCAAGGAGCCAGGCCUCCUGGCCUCCUGCAGUGAUGAUGGUGAGAUGGCCUUCUGGAAAUACCAACGACCUGAAGAUCUGUAAGGCCCUUUUACCCCACCACACACAUCCCCUGGACCUUCUGGCAGAGGGAUAACACUGAUAUUCCCCAGAGGGGAAAAAAAUCACGAGAAUCCGUUUUCUUAGUCUACAUAAAAAGCCAGAAGGGGCACAGUGCUAGCUUCACUCAUUUUGUGUCUGAACUUAAUCCCCUAUUCGGUUUGUCAGCUGGUUGCAAGAGCCAAACUCCAGAAUCACUAAUAAUUUUAUCAUCCUGUUACUUGGGCGCCCUGGUUAAAUUGUGUAAAAUAAAUGUUUUAAAAA